AUGUCCAGUGGAAAGGAUGCGCCCGAGGAUCAGCCACAGCCCGAGCCCCAAGAACCGAAGACCCCCGGGGACCCCCCUGCCUCAGAGCCCGGGGAGGCAGCCACCAUCUCCGUCCGGGGGCUGGUCCUCACGGGGUACGGCGGAUACGAUAAGAUCAAGCUCCAGGUGAAGACUAUGGCCAAGCCCCGGCUGCAGUCCGGAGAGAUCCUGGUGCGCGUCAAGGCGUGUGGACUGAACUUCGCGGAGCUGUUGGGCAGACAGGGGAUGUACGAGCUUCUGCCCUCUCCCCCCGUGACCAUGGGCAUGGAGGGGGCAGGGCUGGUGGAGGCUGUGGGUCCGGACGUGGAGGACAAGAAAGUGGGAGACCGGGUCAUAGUCUUGGGCCGCAGUGGGAUCUGGCAGGAGGUGGUGGUGGUGGCGUCCAGCCGGGCCGUGGUCAUGCCGGAGCAGAUGAGCUUUGAGGAGGGCGCCGCUCUCCCCAUUAACUACCUCACUGCGUACCUGAUGCUGUUCCAAAUGGCCAACAUCAAACCGGGAAAGAGCGUCCUGAUCCACAUGGCAGCGGGGGGGGUGGGCAUCGCCGCCACACAGCUGUGCCGUUCCGUGCAGGAUGUGACCAUAUUUGGCACGGCGUCUGCCUCAAAACACGAGACCAUCGUCCAGGGCGGAGUCACUCACGCCAUCGACUAUCGAACCAAAGACUAUGUGGAGGAGAUCCGAAAAAUCAGCCCCGAUGGCGUUGAUGUGGUUCUCGACCCCCUCGGUGGCUCCGACACACAAAAAGGGUUUAGUUUACUGAAGCCCAUGGGUUCAAUCGUUGUUUUUGGAGCUGCCAACGCCGUGACGGGCCAAAAGAAGAACCUUCUGGCUCUGGCUAAACUCUGGUACCAUCAGCUCUCUCUGUCCACGCUCAAACUGAUGCAGGCCAACAAAGCAGUGUGCGGCUUCCACCUGGGAUACCUGAAGGACGAGGCGCUCAUCACGGACGCCAUGGCAACGCUGCUGCGGCUCUACGCCCAGGGACACAUCAAACCACACAUCGACUCCCGCUUCCACUUCGAAGAGGUUGCAGACGCCAUGAGACGAAUGCACGAGCGACAGAACAUCGGAAAAGUCAUCCUUCUCCCUGAGCCCAAGAAGGAGGAACAAGAGAAACCGAAAGCUCCGACUGAAACUGAGGAAGAAGGGCAGAAAAGUGAGGAAGAGGAGGAGAAACCUGAGGCGGCUGCUACAGAGGUGAAGGCGGAGGUGACGGAGGAGGUGACGGAGGAGGUCGAAGCCGCUCGGAGGCGCUGCUCAACCAGUACCAUCAGCAGCAGUACCAGCAGCAGCAAUACCAUCAGCGCUCCAUUCUUCAGCUACAGACCAAAGAUGACCACAAACUUAACCCGCGACCUGCCGGACCAGCACCAGCACCAGCACCAGCAGCAGCGCUUCCUGGUGCUUUUCGAUUUCGACGAAACCAUCAUCAACGAGAGCAGCGACGACGCGGUGGUGCGGGCGCUGCCGGACCAGCAGCUCCCUGAUUGGCUGAUCCACAGCUACAGGGAGGGGCACUACAACGAGCACAUGCAGAAGGUGUUAGCUUACAUGUCCGAGCGAGGCGUCACCAAGGACUCCAUCCAAUCAGCCGUGGAGAAGAUAGCGCCCACUCCUGGUCUCCUGGUGCUACUGCAGUUCCUCCAAAACCACCAACGCGACUUCGAGCUGGCCGUGGUGUCGGACGCAAACAUGUAUUUCAUCCAAACGUGGCUGGAGCGCGCCGGAGUGAGCCAUCUCUUUAGGAAAAUAUUCACAAAUCCAGCUAGCUUUGACGCGUCGGGUAAGCUAGUCCUGCUGCCGUUCCACUCCCACUCGUGUCAACGCUGUCCCGACAACAUGUGCAAACACGUGAUCCUGCGGGAGUACCUGGCGGCGCGGCAGAAGGAGCGCGGGGGGGCGGCCUUCCACAGGGUCUUCUACAUCGGGGACGGAGCCAACGAUAUUUGUCCCACGCAAGCUCUAGGCCCCAGGGACACGGCCUUUCCCCGGAGGGACUUCCCCAUGCACAGGCUCCUGGGGGACCUCCAGAAGACGCAGCCGGCCCAGUUCAAGGCCCACGUGGUUCCGUGGGCGAGCGGGGAGGAUAUAGUGGACUGUCUACAGAACGUCCUGGAGGAGAGGGCAAACAUAUGA